UGAAAAAAUUGAGAAGCAUGAAAACUCUAAAACACAUCUUCAUAAUUCGAUGGAAUUGACUUUAUUGGAGAUUAUUAACAUCAGAGCUCAGUUAGAUUUAGCAUAUUGGAGAAAUAUACAACAGCAUAAUGAUACUGUUACAAAAAAACAGGUACGUUCUAUCAAAACUUCGAAAGAAAGACAAAACGAUCUACUGGAUUGUAUUCUUGAAGUUUGUCACGAAGGAAUAAUAAAACAGAUCAAUAGAGCCUCGUAUUUGGCGAUAAUAGCAGAUGAAACAACGGACAUUUUGGGCUAAACCCAACUGGUAACAGUUUUCAGAUACGUAUUUAACGGCGAACCAGUAGAACGUUUGUGGAAUUAUAUGAAUCCCGAAAAAUGUGACGCUGAUACUCUCACAAGACAUAUUUUGAACGCCGUAGAUCCAUUAAUAGGAAAUUUCCC